AAAGAAAAAAUGCAAAUUUUCCUAUUUCCAAAAUUCGUAAUAAACCUUUUUUUAAAUAUUAAUGUCUUUUAAUCCAUACAUGAAAUGAAAAUGCGAAUUUUCGAAAAUCAUGUUAUCCAACAUUAGCAAUCACAAUCUACGUUCACUUCACAGCCUCAGCUGACUAAAGCAGACGUGUUGUUUGGUGAAUAGUCGUGCGUGUAGCAUCAUGAUGGACCAAACAAGAUGUGUUUUUGCGAUUUUUCUAGUUUUAAGUCUGUUUUCCAGUCACACCUUCGCCGAAAGUGAAGAGGACACAUCCACGGAUCUUUACGUUAUCGAAGGAAAAGUUUUUCCCUGGGAAAAUGCCGCCAAUACCGGAUGGCAAUUGAUGACUCACGUCAUGGCCAAUGGUGGCGAGCAUUAUGGAUUUCUUAGGGAGGAUGGAACAUUCAUCAUAUCAAAUGUACCUUCAGGAUCAUACAUAGUAGAAGUAGUUAAUCCAAAUUACGCUUACGAGCCAGUUAGGGUAGAGAUUAAUUCCAAAGGAAAGUUUAGAGCAAGAAAAGUUAAUCUCAUUCAAACAUCUCAAGUUAUUCAAGUGCCGUAUCCAUUAAAAAUGAGGCCACUUGCACCGUUCAGGUAUUUCCAGUUAAGAGAGCAAUGGCGGGUGACUGAUUUCUUGUUUAACCCUAUGGUUCUCAUGAUGAUACUACCACUUGUGCUGGUUAUGAUUUUACCAAAAAUCAUGAAUGAUCCUGAAACUAAGAAGGAAAUGGAGCAGCUGAAUAAUCUUACAAGUUACAAUAUGCCAGAGAUGUCUGAAGUCAUCACAUCCUUCUUCUCUGGUGGAGAAAAGCAGAAAACCAAGGCAGUGAAAGCAGCUAAAAAGAGACAAUGAGGUGCAAAUUUGUUUUUUCUUGAAUCUAGUCAUAAAUUGACUACAGUCUAAAAUGCAACUGCAUUUCUUUUGCACCAAAAUCAGGAUGUACUGAUUCUACAACCGUUGCUCUGCAAGACAAGUUUCAGUUCACUUUUUCAUGUUUCUACAAGUUAUUUCAAAUCGUUAAGUGAAUAGUACAGUAGGUGGAAAGGUGAUAUUUGUAAAUAUACAAUACAUUCUCAAAUACGUAUAAACGAUAUUAAAUUAUCUUUCUCCUCUAUUAUCUUUUCUUAAUUUAUAAAGAUUAUUGUUUUUAAAAUUUUUGUUUGUCUUCAAGCACAGUGACAGUACAAAAUUGUCUACUAAAUGCGUGUUUAUAUCGUAGUAUGCACAUAUGUUUGAUUGUUAUUAUUGUUUAUUCCUCUCAUUUUAACUACCAAAAUAAAAAUUUUCAUAACUAUACUAUACACAAAAA